AUGUCUUCCAGCAAGUUAUGGCAAAAAGAUACCCCAGCCCCCCUGUUGUCCAUCGAGGACUUGAAGAACCCGAAGUUCAUUGGCCAAGGCGGGUUUGGCACAGUGUUCCAGGCGCAAUACCAGACAUGGGGUGAUGUGGCAGUCAAGAUCGUUGACUCGAAGAGGAUAACCAGUGAAGUGAAGGCCAUGGCAAGUCUGUGUCACCCCAACGUGCUGUCCCUGAUGGGGAUCACCGAGAAGCUGGAGUGGGACCACGCGUCGGGGCCGGCUCUGGUGACUCGGUUUAUGGAGAACGGUUCCCUGGCAGGGUUGCUGCAACCCGAAUGCCCUCGGCCCUGGCCCCUUAUCUGCCGCCUGCUGCACGAGUUGGUGCUCGGGAUGUGUUACCUGCACAGCCUGAACCCCGUGCUUCUGCACCGGGACCUGAAGCCCUCCAACGUCCUGCUGGACCCGGACUUGCAUGCCAAGCUGGCAGAUUUUGGCCUGUCCACAUUUCUGGGAGGCUCACAGUCAGGGGCAAGUUCUGGGGAGCCAGGGGGCACCCCAGCCUACUUGGCCCCAGAACUAUUGUCCAAGAGAGCCUCUAUGAAGAGUGAUGUCUUCAGCUUUGGGAUCCUAAUGUGGGCAGUGCUUGCAGGAAGAGAAGCUGAGAUAGUGAACCGGACAUCAGUGGUGCAGGAAUCUGUGAGUGAGUUCCAAGCCCGGCCCCCACUGUCAGAGCUGCCCCAGCCCGGCCCUGAGACUCCUGGCCUGGAGGGACUGUUGGAGUUAAUGCCGCACUGUUGGGCCCAAGAGCCCAAGGAGAGGCUUUCCUUCCAAGAUUGCCGAUCGUACACUGAGAAAGCCCUCAGCCUGGUACUAGAUAAAGCUGGUACAGAAAUGGAUGCUGCUGUCUCCACAGUGAAGAAGUUCCUGUCAGAGCGCAGGAACAACAACAGGCUGUCUGCCUCUGAGCCAGGCUCAAAGGGGACAGAAAUGGAUGGCCGUGGGGCACACCCGGGAAGCCCCGAUCCCGUGAUCUCUGACAUGCUGAAAGACCUGAAUCUGAAAGAGGCUCCCAACUCUGUUUCUGAAAAAUGUACAAACCUUCCUGAGAAGACUGAGGCGCAGAAAAAGCAUGUUCCGCCUGCCUCCACAGCAGGGACACCUUCUGAUUCAACUGCCCAACCUCCCCCAACUUCAGGGACCUCACCAUUCAGAAACACCACCCCGGCUUGGACCCCAGGUCCUGGUCCCCAAAGAAAUCCGGGGUCUGAGAGAUAUGGCACCCACUGGCCAGGACCAAAUCCAACAAAAGAGCCAUGGUACCCUUACAUCCAAAACAGCCAAGGAGUGCAGAUUGGAAACAACAACCGCAUGGUGAUACCUUAUGUCUUGGUUGGAGCCGGUAGCACUGCCCACACACAAGCAGCUACAAAAGAAGUGCCACAAGAACCUGAUGCCUGGACUAGGCCACGGGGCCAGUAUAAUAAUGACAGAAGUUGA